UACGAAGCAGCAUUCCGUCGGCCGCCAGCGCUGGUAGCGCACAUCGAAGAGGACCUAGCGCAGCGAUUCAGGCAGGGUUAUCAGGAGGAGGCAUAUUGGGCAAGACGUUACGAGGAGGCAGAUACGCUUUCGGCUUCGUGGACGCCAGGAAGGCGGUACUACAAGUCGGAGGACGGCUUGCUGUUCUUCCUGGACGCAGAUUACCUGCCGAGGCUGUGCGUACCGGACGCGCUGGUCGACGAGAUCCUACUCAAGGCGCACGAAGAACCGAUGGAGGGAGCGCAU